AUGUUUUAUUUCCACUGCCCGCCCCAGCUGGAGGGCUCGGCACCCUUCAGCAGCCACUCCACGGGGGAUUUCGACGAUGGGUUCCUCCGGAGGAAGCAGCGCCGGAACCGGACCACGUUCACCCUGCAGCAGCUGGAAGCUCUUGAAGCAGUUUUUGCCCAGACACACUACCCAGAUGUCUUCACCCGCGAAGAACUAGCCAUGAAAAUAAACCUCACAGAAGCACGAGUGCAGGUCUGGUUCCAGAACCGAAGAGCCAAGUGGAGGAAAACGGAGAGGGGCGCCUCCGACCAGGAGCCGGGAGCCAAGGAGCCCAUGGCCGAGGUGCAGCCGCCGCCCGCGAGAAACAUCAGCUCCCCGCCUCCCGGGGAGCAGACCCGCAGCAAGAAGGAGGCCCUGGAAGCUCAGCAGAGCCUGGGGCGGACCGUGGGUCCUGCAGGCCCCUUCUUCCCCUCCUGCCUGCCGGGGACCCUCCUGAACACGGCCACAUACGCCCAGGCCUUGUCACACGUGGCCUCCCUAAAGGGGGGCCCACUGUGCUCCUGCUGCGUGCCAGACCCCAUGGGGCUCUCCUUCCUCCCCACCUACGGCUGCCAGAGUAACCGCACUGCCAGUGUGGCCGCCCUGCGCAUGAAGGCCCGGGAGCAUUCGGAAGCUGUGCUACAGUCCGCCAACCUUCUGCCGACCACCAGCUGCAGCCCGGGCCCGGCGGCCAAGCCCGCGCCCCCCGACGGCGGCCAGGACAAGACCCCUCCCACCAAGGAACAGAGCGAGGGCGAGAAGAGCGUAUGA